GCCAUUAUUCCACUGAACUGAGCUCCAUGAGAGAUGAUUCCACAAGGUGAGGUCCGCCGUGAGGGGGCGUGGUCAUGGCCAGCGACAUGAGGGAGCAGCCGCGGCCAGCGCUGCCUGACUCCGAUGCGCCCAAGCCCCGGCCAAGGCCGUUCCCCUCCUGCACCGACCAGAUCCCUGGGAGAAGGUGGGGAACUGCAGGGCAUACGGCCGGCUGGGUGAAGCGCCGCUUCGCCCGUGAUGCCGCAGGAGGGUCAUGCAGCACGGCGGUCGCCGUUUCUGAUAAGGAAGCUCAAAGGAAGCAAGACUUCAACAAAAAUCUCUGAAUGCAUUCCAAGCUUCUGUAAGGCAUACGUCAUUUCAAAGGGCAAACUAUCAUUCAUGCACUCUACACCUGAUGCCUGCAAAACAGCCAAGACCAUAUCUUCUUCAACUGUUUCUUCUCCUAGCUCCGGAAGCCUUUCCACUGCGCCCUCAGCAGAGUGGGCUGACAGAAAUGGAAUGUCAGCUGUAUUAUUCCGCCAGUCAUCUCUGCCAUCGCAUCGUGAUCACACACUCAUAAAUAUAAACAGGUCAAUCCUGAAGCUAGCCCUUCAGGCAGUGCUGGCGCGCGAGAUCUCUUACCAUGCUGAUACAACCCUGAAGACAAAUUCACAAUCAAUCACAUCAGUAGUGCAGCUCAGUAGCAGCAGCAGUGGGGAUUCAGUUUAUAGCAGCUUCCAGGGGAUAGCUUCCGAGAUAUCUCUGAUCUACAGGCAGCAGUUUCAAAAACUGCAACAAACCUUGGGCAUUCUCAUGACCAGGAUGAUCUGAAGCUUCAAAUUGAGAGUAUGAAGGUCAAACUGCGACAUGUAUUCUACAGUUGUGGCUAUGGACAACUUUUGGCCAGUCCGGUGUAUUCUAUGGUUGAGGCAAUGGAGCACUUUUGACCAGUCUGGUGUAUUCUAAAGUUGUGGCACUGGAGUAGUCAUUAUCCACAAUACCAGGUAUGUUGUUGUUACCAUGUAUCAAUGUGAACAUGAAUCGUGAGCACUGGAUAAUAGUAGUAAUGAUAUACUCCCUCCGUCCCAAAAUUCUUGUCUUAAAUUUGUCUAAAUAUGGAUGUAUCAAGUCACGUUUUAGUAUUAGAUACAUCCGUAUCUAGACAAAUCUAAGACAAGAAUUUUGGGAUGGAGGGAGUAUAUACAAUGUAUAUUUUGUUCCAGUCUAUGCUAUGACAUUGUGAGCCACAUCUAUUUUGUGCACAUUUUGCUUUGUAUUUGAAAAAUCCCCCCUCCCUCUUUGCUGCUUGUCAUGCUCAGACACCGGCAGAUAGGACAAAUAAACCAUACACAAUACAUGUACAUAUGAACUGAAAUACACUAGGCAUCCUAAAGCUAACAUGGAAAAAUAAUGAAACGACCUGAAAGAACGAAUGCAGCAAAUGCUAAAGCAUAUAAUAAUGAAGGUCUAUGAAAACCUAGCUGUUUUUUGGGGACAAGAAUCAGUUAUUUCUAGUUCCCUAAUUCUGGAGCUCUGUGUGAACAAGGCCAGAGGACUAAAAUAUCAAAAGCUAGCUAAGGACUCAUCAACAGAUUUUUCUUGUGCUGGCUAUAUGUCUCAAACGAACAAUAGGCAAAGGGUGUACUUAUGAACAUACGUAAGCAGACACCAUAUCAAUAGCUAACAGCAUCACACAACAACCCGAUCACACAUCAAGAUGGAUUGAUGGAAAUGGAAAGAUAAAGUAUGCU